AUGACGACACAACUCCUUUCAACCGAGUUGACCAAUCUCAUUCAGGAGAGCAAGAGGAAGCAUAGUGACCUGCGACAGGCUGCGGAGAAAUCAUUAGAAGAAUUAAGGAAUUUGAGAAAUCCGUCCGAACAGACGGCCCCUGAAGAGCUAUCUCAAAAACCCAACUUCGUCAACCCAUUCAUCAUCGCAUGUGGCACAAAAAAUGCAAAAUUCACUGCAAUUGCCAUUGUCUGUCUUCAGCGACUCAUCGUUGCCCAGGCUUUACCGAGGUCCAAGCUGAACCAGGUCCUGGAGGCGUUGAUGCAAGCUACAUCAGCUGGUCUCGAUGUACAGCUCAAGAUCCUGCAAGCGCUACCCUCACUUGUUCAGAACUAUGCAUCCGAUCUCAAAGGAAACUUGUUGGUGACGACGCUGAACAUUUGCUUUACGCUUCAGAGUAGCAAAAAUGCAAUUGUGAACCAUACCUCAGCGGCGACACUCCAGCAGCUGGUUGUAUCUGUCUUUGACAAAGUUGUUGCCGAAGACAAGAAGGUAGGCGAAGGAUCUAUGAACAGCGAUGCAGAAUACUCGGAUAGCCAUCCUGCAGCAACCGACGCCUACAGAAUUUUCAAUGAUCUGUGUCUGAUGACUGAAAACCAACGACCAGAGUUCAUUCGCGUUUCGGGACUUCAGCAGACAUUCGGCCUAGAACUUAUCGAGUCCGUUAUAACAAAUCAUGCCACUGUCUUUAGCAAACAUCCCGAGCAAGCGCAGAUUCUACGCAGUAGAGUCAUGCCCCUUAUUAUAGGCGCACUAAAGGCGAGGCCCAAUUUUGCAACCACGGUCCGACUGAUGCGAAUUCUGUACACGAUGUUGCGUAGGCAUAUCGGCAUUUUACCGUCGGAAUGCGGCGAGGCGCUGGCUGUGCUAACACAUAUCCUUGAUCAAGACGAGACUUUCUGGAAAAGAGCACUGUGCAUGGAAGUCUUUAGGGGGAUCUUUGCGGACCACGCCCUCCUGAGGCGCAUUUACGCCAUGUUCGAUGCUACCAAAGGGGAAAAGGAUGUCCUCAAACCCCUGAUAGCUACAUUCGUGCGCCUAAGCUCAGAGAACCCUGCUGUGAUCGGACUUGGUCCCCAGUCAUCGCUACCUACGGUCAGCUCAAACACUCAAGGCUCGUCUGAGCAAGCCAUUGCUGAGGCUAGUGGUAUGACCGGACUGAUGACGGGACCAGUUGGAUCUGAAACCAUAACCGUAGGUAUCAGCACCCAGUUCAGCUCAGUCCGCGUUCCGUGCAUCGAUCAACUUGACAAGACGGAGGCACCGGCAAUCCCAGAGUCUUAUCUCUACAGCCUGGUACUCGCCUGCAUCUCAAAUGUCUCUGACAAUCUCGCUAAGCUCGUCCUGUCUCUCACAGUCGCAAGCGAGACAAGAAAUCGAAAGAGAGCCUCUAGACAAGAGUUUGGACGCGAUUCACCUGUGCCUCAAAGCGAGCACGACGCAUCGCCAAAGAGCAGGCUGGAAAGGUCGGCAUCCUUCAGGAAGAAUCCUGUUUCUAUUAACCCACUCUCACUGGUUGACCAUCCUCAACAUUCCGAAGUCAAGAUCUGUGCUGCAAUCGUUGAAGAAUGCUGGCCGGCCAUUCUUGCGACUUGCUCAACGUUCUUGAACGCUGCACUGGACUCGGAGUACUAUCACGGACUGGUGCGUGCGUUCCAGCGAUUUGCACAUGUCGCUGGUUUGUUGCAAUUGUCAACUCCCCGUGAUGCUUUCCUUACAAGUCUAGGCAAGGCAGCUGUGCCGUCUAAUCUUCUUACUGCUUGUGUCAAUUCUGGCCAGGGCCGCCCCCAAACACCGAGUACGCCAACUGAUGGCAGUCUUUUUAGCAAUGCUCGAGGACUCCUCAGCGUUGACAGCCUGACACCCACCACACCUACCGGUGAUAAGGGACGGCAGGCAUCAUUUGACGCUUCAGUCGUCUCUUUAAAUACUCGCAAUCUAUUGUGCUUGCGAGCACUUCUCAAUUUGGGUAUCGCGUUGGGACCAACCUUGUCAGAUGCUUGGAACAUCAUAUUGGAGACUUUGCAGCAAGCAGACUUUGUACUUUACGUCAGUGGAAAGACUCCUGGUAGAGCACCAAGUAUAAACCGAGGAGUCGAAGGGGGUGACAAUGAGACGACAACGUUGAUGCACAACUUCAGUUCCGAGGUUCGUGCGGUCGAAACUGCAGCUUCAAGACUUAUUGAGAGUACGAUUGACUUCCCCAACGAGUCGUUUCUGGAAGUCGUGGCGGCAGUUUGUAGUCUAUUGGUGCAAAGGUCGUCUGAACAGUCUGAAGCGGCCUCUCAAGCCCAACCACCAUCCGAUGGGCUGCAGCUCAAGGCCCCUGCUGCGCAGGGCCGCAGAGCCUCUGGGCAGAUGAACUCUGGAUCGACCCAGGAAGAUAAGUUCGCGCUUGCCAAGAUAGGCGAGCUUGCUAAUAUCAACAUCGAACGACUUUUGGAAUACAGUCCAGAAGAAUCUGGCUGGGAUGUGCUGACAAAAAAGCUCAUCGACACUUUGACUUCCUCAAACACAAAUUCAUCCGUCAGAACAAGGGCAGCCGAGAUUCUUGUCAAACUGGCAUGGGAAGCUGCCAAUGUUACUUCUUCCCUACCAGAGGAAUCUCGCGGGGAGAAACAACUUCGGUUCUUUGAGGCCCUUCGCAUGUCACUAGAGCCCUUGCUCAAGGGAGAUCGCGAGGUGUCUCUUGCAAGCCACUCCACAGAUAUUGAUAUCCACAAAAUCAUUCUCGAUGGACUCCAAAGUAUCAUUGAGAGCAAUGGAGAAACACUAGUCAAAGGAUGGGACAUUGCCUUUGAAAUCAUUGGCACCAUCUUCGUCACAAGAGAACCCGAUCAUGAGUACCGCCGUGGCUCAUCGGCCAACCCAAUCCUCCUCGACACCCGAUCAGCAAAGCUCAUCAGGUCGUCUUUCAACUCCCUCCAGCUUAUUUGCUCUGACUUUCUGGCCUCAUUACCAAAUUCGUGUUUCUUGAUCCUUGUCGAUAACCUCUACAAGUUUUGCUCACAAGAUGACGAUCUUAAUAUUGCAUUGACUACGGUGACGUUCUUCUGGGUGUUGAGUGACUUCCUCUCUUCUAAGAAUGAGUCGCUUGAUAUCCCCGCGGAGAUGAUGCAAUUCACGAACCCAUCCGAUCUUGAGAAAAUGGCAGCUGAUCAUGAACACAAAUGCUCUGAUGCGGCAUUGUGGAUGUUGCUUCUGCUCCGACUGACCAAUGUUACCACUGAUGAUAGACUCGAGCUUCGCAACAGCGCGAUUCAGACUUUGCUACGAAUUUUUGAUGCAUACGGCGACCGACUUAGCUCAGAGUCGUGGUCGACAUGUGUCAAAUCAGUUGUUUUCAAACUCCUGUCAUCAAUCGAGCAAGAAAUUAGAGUCUUGCAGUCGGGAGAAGAUGAAGAAGCGGACGACGGUGACCGUGCUGAGUGGACCGAGACGGCUGUUGUGGUCCUCAAUGGUAUCUCAAGUCUCUUGGCUAACUAUCUCGACAUCCUCGCGGUUCAUCCCUCCUUUGACGGCCUGUGGAAAGAAUUGCUUACUCAUUUCACCACUCUGCUCGACUUCAAAGUCCUGGAUAUUAAUACAGCGAUCUUCAAAGCACUUGCUCACAUCCUAUCCGAGACCAACAACGAUGGCAAAUCCGUCUUUAGCAAGACUGCGAUUGAUAUUUCGUGGGAACUGUGGGCAAGAGGUGUUCCAAUUUCCAAACCCAUCGGCGAAAAGGCAGAAGACAACCAAAACUGCCUCAUCGCCUAUGUGUCUGUUCUGACAGAAAUUUACCGACUCAUACAAGAGACUCUUGAGGUUAAGAGAGUUGACAGGAUUUUGAGCUUGCUCCGCGAAGCAUUGGACGAAGCCACGGUCGGUGAUUACGUCAAAGAUAUUGAGUACAUGACGCAGCUACAGGCACAAAUUCUUGAAGCUGUUCAGAUGAUCCGAACCGACAUUGAAGGCGUUCCGUCUGCCAUGAUCACUCAAGUUGCGGAUUUCGUGGUCUUGCCCUUUGUUCAGGCUAGUCCAUCAAAGUCUGGCUCGAAGCGCACUUACAUUGCGCUUUCCAAGAUGAGCAUGAAGGAGUUGGAAAAGCUCAUUGUCAAUCAUUCAUCGAACUCCGAUAUCUAUAGUAGCAACUCUUUUUACAAGGCGCUGAAAGCCCUGUGUAAGCCCGUUGCGCUGAAAUAUGGCUUUACUACAAUCACUAAAUCAACGCCGCCAUGGAGGCUGGCCACCUCUACCGCACUUACUGUCCUUGAGGCGACUCUUUCGCACAUUACUAGCCUAGAGCUUUCGAAAGAAGUAACCCGGAACAUUUGGACUACUGUUGUGGCUAUCGCUGAUGGGAUCAUGAGCGCGGACUGCAGUAUUGCUCCCCCAGAUACGAAUUUUCCCGACGAUGAGAGCUUCGACAUCGCAUCUUUCCAUAAGCUGCGAGAAUUAAUCAUACCUUCUCUCGGUGCAGCAGCAGUUCCCGAAAAGGCUCGAACGGCUUACGCAGAAAGUCUUUUCAAGACGUCGAUAAUCCAUGCACCUUCACCAGAGGAAGAAUCAAUAAUCAACGGAACACACGAAAAAGGUCUGUCGGCGCUUUAUGGUCAUCGUGCAGGCCGAACUGUGUCUGUGCCACCAACAAAGCGUGUGGAUAUGGCUUAUGUCGCCUGCGAAGUCUUGUUUGACAUGGUUUCUGCUAAAGACGAGCCAACAAUUGUCAUUCAACCGCCGACGCCCAAGUCUCCAGAUCCAAGACACACUCGCUUUGCCGAGUCACCAGUUACCCUCCAUGCCAGGAUUGCUAGCACAGCUGCACCAUUCCUCAUACUUCGAUGCGCAUUGACAUUAAGGGCAUACGUCGCUGACCAGCCUCUACGGGGACGGAUGCCUCAGCCUCUAAGCCAACGAAAGGAGCUGUCGUGGAUUCUGACAAGGCUUGUUGAUUUGAAGAGCGACAAGGAUUCUAUUCCUGAAUUGAGAAAUGUUGAGAGCGAUGGGAGGAAGCAUCUUCUAAGACUUUAUCCUCUUAUUGUACGGGCGUCUGGCGUAGCUGGGCACGAGACGAUUAGUAUUUUGUUAAGAGAAGCCCUGGAAGUUGUAGGAGAGGAGCUGGGAUUUUGA